UUUAGAAUGAGUGACACAGAGAAGCUGAUUAAACUAUCUGAACCGAGCGAAAGUACAAGACUGACGAAUUCAGGGAGUUAUGGAACCUUUAUCUUAAAAUGUGGAAGAGUGGAGUGCCCAACAAAUAUGUCGGCCUUUGAGCAGUGCUAUCAUUUGGUCAAGGAUUUGGGUGCUGGUAACGUACCACAGAGCGCUAAACGACCCACCAACCGAAAUUACCUACUGGACAUUCCGGACCAGCACUGCCACGGACCGCCCGAUCACGGUAGUCAGGACAACACCGCCAGAAACAAGCUCUUGUGGGCGGCCGCAGUUUGUUUCCUUUUCACUAUUGGCGAAGCUGCAGGUGGUUUAUUGGCCAACUCCCUCGCAAUUAUGACAGAUGCUUCCCACAUGUUGAGCGACUUUGCCAGUUUCCUCAUUUCUCUGUUCGCUCUGUGGGUAGCAAGACGACCUGCAACUCAGAAGAUGUCAUUUGGAUAUUACCGAGCUGAAGUGAUGGGGGCAGUCUGUUCUGUGCUCAUUAUUUGGGUACUAACCGGUGUGUUGGCGUACCUGGCCAUAGAACGAAUGAUGAACAUGAACUUCUCCAUUAACGCAGACACUAUGCUGAUAACUGCUGCCGCUGGAGUCGCUGUGAAUAUCAUUAUGGGAUGUGUGUUGCAGCAAAGUGGGCACGGGCAUUCUCAUGGUGGUUUGAGUAGUAACCAUGGUCACAGCCACGAUGAAGAGGAUGGGGGACACGACCAUGACGGGAAGAAAAAAGUUAACAUCAACGUGCGCGCGGCGUUCAUACACGUCCUGGGUGAUCUGGUGCAGAGUAUUGGUGUUCUUAUUGCAGCUGUUAUCAUCAAAGUGCAGCCCACAUGGUUGAUAGCGGACCCAAUCUGUACGAUCCUUUUUUCGGUAAUUGUGCUGUGCACAACCCUUGCCAUCCUCCGGGACGCUUUGCAUGUUUUAAUGGAAGGAUUCCCUCGAGAUAUAAGCUACCCUAACCUGGUGCGGGAUCUCCAGAAUAUACCAGGAGUACAGAUGAUCCACUCACUGCACGUGUGGAGUCUAACUGUGGAUAAGAACGCAUUAUCAGUUCAUCUAGCAAUGGAACAAGACGCCAGCCCAGAAGACACGCUCAUCUACGCCAACAAGAUGCUACGUGAAACGUACGGGAUCAACCAAACUACCGUCCAGGUGGAGAAGUGGCAACCUGUCAUGGAGAACUGUCACUCCUGCCAGACACCGACACAGUAGUGAACCAGUGCUGUGUAGCUGGCAGCUCCACCCAGUCUACAUGUCUAGACUUCAAUUAUAUCACAACUUGCUCUCUAGAUGCUACUGUGAGAGCUUUCAGAGAGGAAACUUUUGAGCUACGGAAUAAGAAAGCUGAGAGGUAUUUGAAUCCAGUGAACUCUCUUGAAUGUUGACGAUCAGUCUUACCCAUAUGUGAUAGCUUCGGUAGAAAGAUGGAUCGGAAGGGAUAUUAAAAAGUUCCAUUUAUGAUCACUAUGAGCUGGAAAUUCUUCAAGCUCCUGUAAAAAGCCUGGUUUACCUUACCACUUUACCAGGUUUAACUUGUAACGGAGAGAUUUUCCAAAUAAUAUUGAUCAUAGAUAUCAAAUUUCAAACCCAUAUAGCUAUUACCGAUGAUAUCACAUAUGGUUCACUUUAUACUUAUGUAUUUUCCCAAUGUACAUUGUACAAGCAUAUUUUUUUAUUACAUUUUAUAAUGUUUCUAUUUACUUUUUCGUUUAAAAUAGGAGAUGUGGCAAUUUGAGCAAAACCAAUUCAAUAAUUCGCCGUGUGAGUGUGACUGUGAUCAAGGAAAGGAAAUGUUUUACAGUUCUUGUUCAUAUGUUUCGUAUUAAAAAGGACGUCUGAAAUUUCUUGAAUCGUUACUGAUCCUAUUUUGCUUAAAAUGCAGUCGUGGCACAAUAUCUUGAUUAUUUGCUGAUUUAUAAAAUCACUUAAUGUCAUUAAUAACGUAUUUUUAAAUAAUAUUUCCAAUUUUAACCAAAUUUCACUA